UGCAGGAGCUGCCGGCGCACCACCGGAGUGACGCCGUGAGCAGUCUGGUUUAUGAAGCAAAUGCUCGGGUCCGAGAUCCGGUUUACGGGUGCGUUGGAGCCAUCUCCUCGCUUCAGAACCAGAUCGAGGCCCUCCAAACCCAAUUGGCCAUUGCACAGGCUGAGAUGGUCCACCUCCGAAUGCGCCACGCCACCUACCUCGGCUCCCGGAGUCCCAUGAUGGUGGAGAUGGCGAGCACCGGCACCAGCUCCUCAUCCAUGUUGUUGCCCAAGCAGCAAUUGAUGAAGACUGACCAACAUGGACCCAAGCCUGUUUUCGCCCUUGACAUGGUCAUGCUCGACCAGACCAGCUUCGGCGAGCCACCAAUAUGGUCUUGCUAGCCUGACUAUCUUAUUUCUUUUCCCCUAUUGCUUCGGCAUCUUGUAGAGUAUCUAAGUCAUAUUUAUCAGCAAAAAUAUGCAAGUAUUUUGUGCAUGGCAGGCCAAUAUUUUGUGUAUACUGUCUUACAUGAAGCCAUAUGUAUAUUCUCGGUAUUGUUCGAUAGGUAC